AUGGUUGAGAAUGUUGCAUACAACAGUGAUAAUCGCAAGGGAUCAAGAGACCGGCUCCACUACGAGAAAAGAAAUGCAAACGAUGAAGUGGUUUUGUCUCAAGUCACUGACGAAGUGGCGAACUAUCCUGACCAUACUGAGGAACGGUUUGUUGAGGUUGCGUUCCGCACCCUUGCUCCCGGUCUUCCAAUUAUUCCUACUCAAGAAGUUAUCGAGGGGCUUGAGCUCCGAGAUGCUCAAAAACUUGCUAAUGCCUAUAAUUUGCCUCCUAAACUUAGCUGGCCUUUGUUGAAACGGGAGCUUAAUGAUACACGCAAUGGAAUCUUGUCUGCAUAUACGAAAGAAGUUUUGAGCAAGAAUAAAACAGCGCAGGCUAGGAAAGCAUCGGUGUCCGAAGACGCCGUACGAGAAUCGAAACGGCAACGAACGUCGAAGGAAACAGUAGACGGCGCGCCUUCGGUUACCGUGUCCUUUUCAUUGUCUCGCAGGCGUCCUUCAGUUGGUUCUUGUGAGGAUGAAGAGGAGUAUCAUAUCAUGAAACUCGCUCAUCAACUUCUCUGCUCAAGCGAUGCAGCUGAGGAUACGGAGUCCUUUGACGAGGAUAAGGUGAGAAGAAACAUCUUAGACGGAGACUGCUCUAUGAACGCAGAGGGCGAGGGCUUCACCGUAGAGCGGAAGAAAUCGCCGACUAAGGUGACACAGUCCAAGAAAGCACUGUUUGUCAUGUAUUUGAAGCGAGUGGCACAUACAGAAGAUAGCAUUUCUAGGUCUCAGCGGGCCCAGACGCUCGCAGAUAUACCGAAUCCUCUCGUUAAGGCAGGAAAAUCUUCCAGAUCGGCAGGACCAAUGGACCCUGAUGACAAUUUUUUCGGUCCCAGGACAUUGAAGAAUACCUCCUUACAAGCGGCUCAGGCAGCCUUAGUCAGUAUUCCAUACCAGAUGGUUAGUCCUGGACGUGAGCCGGAUAGUCCGACGUAUGCUCCAGACAGCCCUGCAUGCAAGCUGGCUGGCCCAGUUUAUUCGCCCGACAGUCCGCCCUUUGAACAACCCAUAGAGACGCAUAAAGCAGACAGCACAACAUGUGUCCCAGAGAGUCAAGUAGAUGCCCCGACUCGAUCACAGCUUCAAUUAUACCCAGUGCCCAGCAGUAGACAUGGGAAACAGCGAGAAAGUGGGAUGAAGCAAGACGCAGAGGAUUCCGGGGCUAAUGAUUAUAAGGGUAGCCAUCAUCGAAGCCACUCCGGUAACCGGAACAAAGGCAGCCAUAAGAAAACGUAUACGUACGUGCUGAGAGCUCCAGACUGGUCCCAGUCGAAUCAACCCUCGCCUGAUGAGGAAUACGAUUACAAAGAAGAGGAAAUGGAGUUCCAACUCGGAGUCACUCGGAGCGAGGAACCACCAGACAGCGAAUAUGACUACGAAGAGGAAGAAGUGGAGUUCUUGUUAGACCCUACCUUGAAUGUAGAAGACGAAGGCAGCUUUGACGAUGGUGGUGACGAAGAAUGCGACGACCAUACGCACAGUCCCGGAUGUACUGAUGGAAGCUCGUUCUCGAGGAGCAUGCGAAGGCUCACCAAGAUGGGAGACGAAGCGAGGGCAAAGAAACGGGAGGCUCUGGAAGCUGAAGAGGAGUCCGACCUAAUGGCAGAGCACGACUCGAAUUACAACUUUGAGCAGGCUUUUCGGUCGUCACCAGCUCGGCAAUCCCCCUGCUGCUACAAUUACAAAGGCACAACUUACAUAUUGCCAAAGACCGAUAAACAGAACCGUACCGUCAGAAACCACUGUCAAAGUGGUCGUCCGGAGUGUAAUGACGUCGAGAGGCCCAGUACAGAAGCUUCUCCACUUCGUGAACGUAGGGGUGAUGGUGAACGUUAUGAGAUUCAACGCUCACCCGUAUUUAAGCCUAGGGCCUUUGUUCGCCCUUCGGAACUAGAGACCUAG